UACAAAAAAAAGAUGAAAAAACCGAAAGCGAGUGAUAAAAAGCGGUCUGUGUUUUAGUGUUGGCCUUUCGGCAUUACGUGAUAAUAAAGAAGCGGCAAUCAUUUUUUAAAUUGCGCCAACUUAUGCAAAUGUAAAAGUCGCUUAAGAGCCAAUUUGCCAAAAUAUUUCGCGAGCCAAGAAAAAAUGCCGGCUAAAUGUCCAUAGAUUAACCGCACACUACGCGACGUCUCGGCUUCCCAGAAAACAAAUUCACAUUAUGUGCGACGUUGUUUUGUGAUCAACGCAAAAACAAAAACAAAAGCGAAAGCGAAAAAGAAAUACAAAUUUUUGAGAAUACGCGUAAUAAAAAUAAAUGGUGAAUGGAAAAAACGGACUCUCACGCUUCUUUUGUCUUUUCAACAAAUAGAAAUGUCAACAAAAAUAUUAAUAGGUUGCCUACUGCUAUCAAAUGCCAACAAAAAUAACAUUUUCAACUGCCACCAAUACAAAAUGUCCAACUAAAUGCAAUAAACUCAUGCACUCACCAUGCAACAACAACAAAUGAGUGAACAAAUCAAAUAUAAAUAAAAUAAAUUGACACACAAAUAUAAUACAAACAUCAGAGAAUAGCAAAAACAAUAACGACAGCAGCUGCAACAUGGAUUUCAGCUGGAAGUUCGUCUCUUGCCUCGUUUUAUGGCUUUGUUGCAGUGGCAACAUCAGUCGCGUCAUCGCUCAGCCAUCAUUAACCGAGAAAAUACCGUUAGGUGCCAUCUUCGAACAGGGCACGGAUGAGGUGCAAUCAGCGUUCAAGUAUGCAAUGCUCAAUCAUAAUUUGAACGUCUCCUCGCGACGCUUUGAGCUGCAGGCCUACGUGGAUGUCAUCAACACUGCGGAUGCCUUCAAAUUGUCACGCUUAAUUUGUAAUCAAUUCUCGCGUGGGGUUUACUCGAUGCUCGGCGCCGUCUCGCCCGACUCCUUCGAUACGCUACACUCCUACUCGAAUACGUUUCAGAUGCCCUUUGUGACGCCCUGGUUUCCAGAGAAGGUGCUUACGCCAUCGUCUGGUUUCCUCGACUUUGCGCUCAGCAUGCGCCCGGAUUACCAUCAGGCCAUCAUUGAUACAAUACAAUUUUAUGGCUGGCGCAAAAUAAUUUAUCUCUACGAUUCCCACGAUGGAUUGCUGCGUUUGCAGCAAAUCUACCAGGGACUGAAGCCGGGCAACGAGUCGUUUCAAGUGGAGCUGGUUAAGCGCAUCUCGAAUGUCAGCAUGGCCAUCGAGUUCCUGCACACGUUGGAGCAAAUUGGACGAUUCACCAAGAAGCACAUCGUCCUCGACUGUCCCACGGAAAUGGCCAAGCAAAUACUGAUACAACAUGUGCGGGAUUUACGUUUGGGCCGACGCACCUAUCACUAUCUGCUGAGUGGUCUGGUCAUGGACGAUCGCUGGGAAAGCGAGAUAAUCGAAUUUGGUGCCAUUAACAUUACGGGAUUUCGCAUUGUGGAUACGAAUAGGCGACUGGUGCGCGAAUUCUAUGAUAGCUGGAAACGUUUGGAUCCACAGAUGAGUGUUGGCGCUGGCCGUGAAUCGAUUUCGGCUCAGGCAGCACUCAUGUAUGAUGCGGUCUUCGUCCUGGUCGAGGCAUUUAACAAAAUACUGCGCAAGAAGCCGGAUCAAUUCAGGAACAAUGUACAGCGACGCAGUCAGACUUUGAUGGCAGCUGCCUCAACAUCUGGCGAUGGCUCCAACAGCAACGGCAGCAGCAACAACGAUGCCGGCUUCGGCUCCAACUCUGGGUCGAGUUCCAGCGGUGGCGGUGGCGGUGGCUUCAACAUCGCACCGCGUGCAUUGGACUGUAACACGGCGAAGGGAUGGGUGAAUGCCUGGGAGCAUGGCGAUAAAAUAUCACGUUAUUUGAGAAAGGUGGAAAUCGAGGGCCUCACCGGGGAUAUCAAAUUCAACGAUGAUGGCAGACGAGUCAAUUACACGUUGCACGUUGUCGAGAUGACCGUAAACAGCGCCAUGGUCAAAGUGGCUGAAUGGAAUGAUGUCACCGGACUGCAGCCGCUCAAUGCGAAAUUUGUGCGCUUGCGACCGCAUGUGGAGUUUGAGAAGAAUCGCACGUACAUUGUGACGACGGUGCUCGAGGAGCCGUACAUCAAGGUAAAGAAGCCGGAAUUCGGAGAGCAGUUGCGUGGCAACGACCGCUUCGAGGGCUAUUGCAAGGAUCUGGCCGAUUUACUGUCCAAGCAACUGGGACUCGAUUAUGAACUGCGCCUGGUUAAGGAUGGCAGUUACGGUUCGGAGAAUCCCGCGGUGCAAGGUGGAUGGGAUGGCAUGGUCGGCGAGCUGGUGCGAAAGGAAGCGGAUAUUGCCAUUGCCCCCAUGACGAUUACCGCUGAACGCGAACGUGUCAUCGACUUCAGCAAGCCGUUCAUGUCGCUGGGCAUCUCCAUUAUGAUUAAGAAGCCAGUGAAGCAGACGCCCGGCGUGUUCAGCUUCAUGAAUCCUUUAUCACAGGAAAUUUGGGUGAGUGUCAUCUUCAGCUACAUCGGCGUCAGCAUUGUGCUUUUCUUUGUGUCCCGCUUCUCCCCACAUGAAUGGCGUCUCGUACAACAGCCGUUACAACAAUCACAGCUGCCAGAUCCACAUGCACAUCACGAACAGCUUGCCAAUCAGCAGCCACCCGGCAUCAUUGGUGGCGCCACCGUUCCCCCGCCGCCCGGUCCACCAACUCCGGGGCCACAGACAGCUGCCUGUGCGGCAGCUCUGCAGGCAUCGCUCUCAGCAGGCAGCCUGUCAUCGAGUGCCACAUCCAACUCGGCGGCCGUCAAUGAGUUCAGCAUCUUGAACUCGUUCUGGUAUUCAUUGGCAGCCUUUAUGCAGCAGGGUUGCGAUCUCUCGCCACGAUCGGUGUCGGGUCGCAUUGCGGCUGCCUCGUGGUUCUUCUUCACCCUCAUACUCAUCUCAUCGUACACGGCCAACUUGGCCGCCUUCCUCACCGUCGAGCGCAUGGUGACACCCAUCAAUUCAGCAGAGGAUUUGGCUAUGCAAACCGAGGUGCAAUACGGCACCUUGUUGCACGGUUCCACCUGGGACUUCUUUAGGCGUUCGCCCAUUGGGUUGCACAACAAAAUGUGGGAGUACAUGAACUCACACAAGAGCGUCUUUGUGCCCACCUACGACGAGGGCAUUCGACGUGUGCGCACAUCGAAGGGCAAGUAUGCCCUGCUGGUCGAGUCGCCCAAAAAUGAAUACGUGAAUGCCAGGGAGCCGUGCGAUACAAUGAAAGUGGGUCCCAACAUGGACACAAAAGGAUUUGGCAUUGCCACGCCAUUGGGUUCAGCGCUCAAAGAUCCCAUCAAUAUGGCUGUGCUGACACUGACCGAGAACGGGGACUUGAUCAAAUUGCGCGAGAAAUGGUGGUACGACAAGACCGAGUGCAGCCUGAACAAGGAUAAUCAGGAAGCGUCGCAUAAUGAGCUGACGCUAAGCAAUGUGGCCGGCAUAUUCUAUAUACUGAUCGGCGGUCUCAUGGUCUCCGUGUUUGUGGCAAUUAUUGAGUUUUGCUUCCGCAGCAAGGCAAACAGUUCCGGCUCAUCGCUUGGGGGCGGCGGCAGUGCGAGCAAGAGCAACGGCUCCAUGAUGCUGGGGCCGGCAAACAUUGGACCGGGCGGAGUGGCGUCGACACAUCAAAGGAACGCGAUGACUGACAGCAUGCAUGCCAAGGCCAAAUUGACCAUUCAAGCGAGUCGCGAUUACGAUAACGGACGUGUGGGGUAUCUCAAUUGCACAUCCCUACAGUAUUAUCCCCCGGCGCCCUCCGAUGCCAACGAAGCUCUGCACAUGAAUGCCCAUGGUCAGGUUUGACACGAACACGUGCAGGAGUCGCGUCUCUGACGCACACCCUGCGCGCCAACCAUACGACGAAUAAUGGCCAACAGUCGCCAGGAGACGGAGAAGAUGCUCGCCGGCGGCAGCAUCAUCAAUGGCAGCAGCCACGAUGGCAGCAGCCUGACGCACUCGCCGGCCAAUGGACAGAACCCCGGCCACACACAGACGCUAAUGCGGCACUCGCCGGACAUUAAGAAGCAUCCACAUACGCAUCCACAUCCCUACGACAAGUAAGUUGAAGAACGUAGUUGUAACACAUAAGAGAAGUCUAGCUAAUAAGUGCCAAAACAAAUGAAAUGCCGCAACUUUGAGCCGCAGUCAACACACAUAGUACUUUUAAAUCAAUCAAGCGAUACAAUUAAAAGGAAUUAAAAAUGAAUUGCAUUGCGAGGCGAAGCGAAUCAUAUUGAAUUAAAUGUAUCGUAUAACUUGUAAUUGAAUACUGUAUGCAAUUAUAUUAUUUUUUAAUAAGUGCAAAAAGCAUUUUUUAAUAAAUUUGUACUCAAAGCUCGCGGCAGCGAAUCGAGGCAACAGUUACGCACAAAAGUAUGCAACGUUAUUUAUGUGUGGCCAGAUGCAAAUGCAAUUGCAAUGUGUUAGUCCUGUCAGCAAUGCGAAGUGAAUGGCAUAAAUUAUUGCAUUAUUGUUAAUAGUCUAGAUGGGGAGAAUCCUUAAAUACUAUUUAUAGUGUGCGUGUGUAUGUGUGUGUGUGUGUGUGUGUGUGUGCAUUGCAAUUCAUUGCAUUCAAAUGACUGAUUAAUAUUUUUAAUAAACAAACAAAAGUAUAAAAAUUGCGUAAACUGAAUGGGAGAAAGAGAAACGGGGACAUAGCUGAAAGUGUUCAUAAUGUCUCGUAAUGAAAUUUGUAUGCGCAUUUGUUGUUGCAUAUUUGUUUAUAAUUAAAUUACAGAAAAUACAUAGCGAUAACUAAUGAAUACCACGAGAAGCGCCAAGCGGGGGGCUUAAUAAAAAUAUUGUAAUAAAUUAAUUGGCGCAAAGAAAACAAUUUAAAUUGUUGUCAAAACUCAACAGAAAAACAAAAUAUGAAGCAAAAAGCAAAAAAAAAAAGAAAAAAAUGACGACAGGUCAGCAAAAAUUUAAUUAAAUUCAUUUUAAUUGAAAUCGUUUUGAUUUGAUUUCCCAUACAAAUUCAUAGAGGAGGACAUCAAAUUGUUUUGCUAACAAUAAAUUGACAAUCUAUUAUGUGGCGAGCUCAACUAAAAUGUUAAUUUAAUGAACAACUCAAUUUUUGUCUGAAUUAACAAUUAAUUGAAUAAUUUAUGACGCAAAAAUCACAACUCAAAACUCAACAGCUUAGCGUAGAAAAUGUUCAGAGCAACAUUAUUUAUAACUAACUCGAAAAACAAAUGAAACCUGUAUAAAUGAAUUAAAGGUCCGAGGCAUGCAAAUAGUGUUAGAUAAAUUUUACAUUAAUAUUUAUAUGUGCGUGUCGCUGUCAUUAGUGUAAAUAGAUUCAUUAUAAUCAAUAAUAGUUGCAAAAAAAAAAAAACAAAAAAAAAAAUACCAUUACAUUGUUUAA